AACAACAACUACAAAAAGUUUACAAUAAAACAUCCGACAACAAUUUCUUCUUUGUGUUCUAAUAAAUUGCAACCAUUAAGAGUAAAAAUGCCAUCACAAAUGAAUAAUAAACUCGACCCAUUAAGUAGUAGUAGUAGUAGAAGAGAGUUUACGGAAUCUGUUCUUGGCGCUAAUUGCGCUGAGAGUAAAUUGCGUACGAUUUCCACCUCUUCUUGCGCUACGAACAUGUCGACUGAGUCCUACUGUAUCUCUCUCGGCGUAGGGCCUCUGUGGUGGUCCGAUGUCCCUACCCACCACAGAACAGAUCACGAUAGGGCGUCUCUCUUAACAGGUUACACUCGAAAAUCUUCUGUCGAUUCAUCUGGUGGCAGCAGUGUAUUUGACAGAAGCAAUAAUGGCAGCAACAGCAGUGGUGGCUCUCGAAGCGUUAGCACUUCAUCGGCAUCAUCGGAUUGCUCGGACUCGGAUGUACAAUCCAUCUAUUCGGAUGACGAUUGCCAAGAGAUAGUCAAGCAGAUCUUAAAUCAAGAUCAUCCAACACGCAUCUCGAUCAAAUUGCACGUCACCGAGACGAAAUUCACCAAAUGGGAAUGCGUUCUAAAUCCCGACAAUGACAUCUUGUACGUGGCCAUGCCAGACAAGCUGGCACCGGAGGCAUCGCAACAAACCUUUUUGUCACUUUUGGAAUUUGCCGAAGAUAAAUUGGAGGUGGAUGCUGUUGUUAUGUGCGUACGUAAGGAUCGUGCUGAUCGUGCCCGUAUCUUGGAAAGCUUUUUGCUAAUGGGAUUUGAACCGUUGUCCAGAAAAGCUCCCGAGGCGCCACCAGCCGCCAUUAAAGAUGUCGAGAAUUUCUUCCUUAUCUAUCGUAUUGAGGAGUAAGCAUGCAAAA